AUGGGUUCUUGUAUGAGCCGUCAGCUGCCAGAGCACCAGGAGCCCCGAAGGCCUCGACUGUUAACCAAAUGGAAGCAACUUCGUGCAAUGAAGAAGGCUGAACGGGAUUUUAGAAGGGCGAGCCCGACGUUUGGUGAGACAAAGGAGAUCGAUACCCUGCGAGCAACAGAAUACACCCCCUUAAAGGACCAUGUAUACCUAGACUAUACCGGCGCGGGCUUGUACGGCGAGAAGCAGCUCCGCACACACUUCGACCUGCUCCGGUCCAGUAUCUACAGCGACUCCAGCUCAACCUCGAACGCAGCGGCAAUCCAGCGAAUCAGAGAACAUGUCCUUUCAUUCUUCCGGGCCUCUCCGGACAAGUACGAGGUUAUCUUCACAGCCAAUGCAUCUCACGCCCUGAAGCUAGUAGGGGAGUCUUACCCGUUCACAUCGCAGGGAGAGCUGCUCCUUCUGUGGGACAACCAUAAUUCCGUGCAAGGUCUUCGAGAGUUUGCUCGUAGCAAAGGGACAUCCAUCACUCAUGUACCUGUUGUGCCACCAAACCUGAAUAUAGAUGAGGCGUUCCUGAAAAAAUCACUCUGCAACAAGAGUUCAGGUGGCCACCGUCUCUUCGCAUUCCCCGCCCAAUCAAAUUUCAGCGGUGUCCAGCAUUCGUUGAAAUGGAUUGAGGAAGCCCAGGCUCAUGGAUGGGAUGUUGUUUUAGACGCUGCCAGCUUUGUCCCGGCAAAUCGUCUAGACUUGUCCAAAUGGCAUCCCGACUUUGUCCCAAUAUCUUUCUACAAGAUGUUUGGGUAUCCCUCUGGCGUCGGCUGUCUGAUAGCUCGUAAGCAGACACUGGCAAAGCUCCAGCGCCCAUGGGUAUCAGGCGAAAAAGUCCCUACCAUGACUAUGGACCUGCUUAAUAGCACAAACGGUUCUAACCAGAACCAGAACCAGAUCACAACUCGGAAGUGGCACGAAGUAUUCGAAGAUGGUAGCGUCGACUUCUUCGGCCUACCUGCCGUCGAGAUCGGCCUCAACCACUUAUCCAGUAUCGGCAUGGAAACUAUCAGCGGCCGUGUCAAGAUGCUCGCCGGGUGGCUAAUCGACAGCCUCCUCGAACUCCGUCACUCCAACGGCCGUCGUGUCGUUAUCGUAUACGGACCUCAAAACACAACCAACCGCGGCGGAACCAUAACACUUAACUUCUUCGAUCCCACCGGCCGCGUUAUAGAUGAACGUGUCGUCGACCAACGCGCUCUCCCUAUCAACCUCUCCCUCCGCACCGGAUGCUUCUGCAACCCCGGUGCCAGUGAAGCAGCAUUCCACCUCACCGAAGAAGCCCUCCUCAACGCAUUCAACCAAGAAGCGGCGGCAAAGGAGCAAGAGGGUGACCCGAAGACCUUUGAUGAAUUCCUGUUGGAUAUGGGCAUGACGACUGGCGGAGGCGUUCGUAUCUCCUUAGGCCUCAUGACCAAUUUCGCUGACUGCUUCCGAUUCCUUCAAUUCGCACAUGGAUUUAUUGAUAAUGUACCGGCUGAAACGGAUCUUAAACCACGACCGCACUGCUAG